UUAUAGAUCAAUAAAUGACAAAUCAAAAUGUACUACUAAUUAGUCUGUCAUAUUGGAAUAAAAGUUGUUGGCAGUAGAGAGAGAGAGAGAGAGAGAGAGAGAGAGGAGAAAUGGUCGUUGUUUGAGGGCGUUGAAUGCGCGUGUUAUGGCCGCAUUAAAUUCUCGGAAGUCGUCUCUCCUAUCCUUGUCUCUCUCUCUCUCUAUAUUCCACGGAAAACGCAUCGGUUCCUCAUUCGUGGAUCAUUAUCAUUUAUUAUUGGGCGAAAAAUAGAGGUAGCUAGCUAGGUAGGAGAAGGAGAUAGAUAGAUGGAAACAGCAGGCGGAUCUGAUGAGAUGGUGAAGCGCAGCAGCAUAAGCUUGGGCGGCGCUAGUAAUUCAUUCAGGCUGCGGAGCCCAAGCCUGAACGCGGUAAGGCUGAGGCGCAUAUUUGACCUAUUCGAUAAGAACAAAGACUCGGUGAUAACGGUGGAUGAGCUGGGUGAGGCGCUGUCUCUGCUGGGACUACAAACAGAUAUUAGUCAGUUAGAGUCGAUGGUAGGAGCGUACGUUAAACAAGGAAACCAAGGACUCAGCUAUGAAGAUUUCGAGUCCCUGCACCGAUCCCUAAACGACGUCUUCUUUGGAUCAGAUGUGAAUAAUGAAAUAAUCGGUGAUCAUCGUUCAGAUGAUGAUGAUGAAUCUGAUCUGAGCGAGGCCUUCAAGGUUUUCGAUAUGGAUGGUGACGGUUACAUAUCUGCUCGGGAAUUGCAGUCUGUUCUUGGUAAAUUGGGAUUGCAUGAUGAAGGGCGUGAGUUGGACAGAGUUGAGAUGAUGAUUUCCUCCGUAGAUCAGAAUCACGACGGCCGCGUUGACUUUUUCGAGUUCAAGCAUAUGAUGCGCACCGUUAUCGUUCCUUCUUCCUAGCUACAUGCAUCCAUCCCAUCCCCAAUCCGAUCCGGUCCGAUCCAAUCCUUAAUAUUUCAAUUCACCAGCCUUGUUCUUCUAUAUUCUUCUUCGUCUUCUUUUUAUAUAUCCAGUACUGCAUGCAAUGGUACAUGACUACUAGUAUUACUGCUGGUUGUUAUAUAUAUCUUAUAUUUCUUUCUUUUCUCCACAUAUAUACAUAUCAAUUAUCAUGAAUGAAAUGCUACUUUUGUUUUCAAUCAUCUAAUUUACU